GGGCGCGGGGGGCGGCCCCCCCCCCCACCCGCCGGUCCCGGGGCUGCAGUGGCGACAGCAGCGGUCACAGGAGCGGCGACAGCGGCAGCUGCGGAGCCUCAGCCCCGCCCGGCGCCGCCUCCCGCAGCCCGCAAGGCGCAUCCCUGAGCAGCAGCAUCCUGCAUCCCUGAGCUGCAUCCUGCAUCCCUGCGUACCACCCGCAGCCUUGGGUACCACCCUGCAGUGCUGAGCAUCAUCCUGGGCAGCAUCCUGCAUCACUGAGCAGCAUCCGGCAUCCUUGGGUACCACCCUGCAGUGCUGAGCAGCAUCCUGCAUCCCGGACAGCAUCCCUGGGUACCACCCGGGCAGCAUCCUGCAUCCCUGGGCAGCAUCCUGCAUCCCUGGGUACCACCCGGCAUCUCUGAGCUGCAUCAUCCUGCAUCCCUGGGCAGCAUCCUGCAUCCCUGGGUACCACCCGCAGCCCUGGGUACCACCCUGCAGUGCUGAGCAUCAUCUGGGCAGCAUCCUGCAUCCUUGGGCACCACCCGGGCAGCAUCCUGCAUCCCUGAGCAGCAUCCUGCCUCCUUGAGCAGCAUCAUCCUGCAUCCCUGGGUACCACCUGCAUCCCUGGGUACCGCCCGGCAUCUCUGAGCUGCAGCAUCCUGCACCCCUGAGCAUCAUCCUGCAGCCGCGGGUGGCGCUCAGCAUCGCCGGGUGCCAUCCUGCCCCCGGUGCCAGCUGUCCCCAGGCUGCGAGCAGCGCCCCGGGUGCCCCCCCAGCCCCGUUGCCCCCCCGAGUGAAGCCCCCCGAGCCCCGGCAUGGCCGAGCCCAGCUCCGAGUGCAGCAUCAAGGUCCUGUGCCGCUUCCGGCCGCUCAACCAGGCCGAGAUCCUGCGGGGGGACAAAUUCCUGCCCGUGUUCCAGGGGGACGACAGCGUCGUGGUGGGGGGCAAGCCGUACGUCUUUGACCGCGUGUUCCCCCCGAACACCACGCAGGAGCAGGUGUACCACGCGUGUGCCAUGCAGAUCGUCAAGGAUGUUCUGGCCGGGUACAACGGCACCAUCUUCGCCUACGGACAAACGUCAUCGGGCAAGACCCACACCAUGGAGGGGAAGCUGCACGACCCGCAGCAGAUGGGGAUCAUCCCCCGCAUCGCCCGCGACAUCUUCAACCACAUCUACGCCAUGGACGAGAACCUGGAGUUCCACAUCAAGGUGUCCUACUUUGAGAUUUACCUGGACAAGAUCCGGGACCUGCUGGACAUGACCAAGACCAACCUGUCGGUGCACGAGGACAAGAACCGCGUGCCCUACGUCAAGGGCUGCACCGAGCGCUUCGUGUCCAGCCCCGAGGAGAUCCUGGAUGUCAUCGACGAGGGGAAAUCCAACCGGCACGUGGCUGUCACCAACAUGAACGAGCACAGCUCCCGCAGCCACAGCAUCUUCCUCAUCCACAUCAAGCAGGAGAACGUGGAGACCGAGCAGAAGCUCAGCGGGAAGCUCUACCUGGUGGACCUGGCGGGCAGCGAGAAGGUGAGCAAGACGGGGGCUGAGGGGGCCGUGCUGGACGAGGCCAAAAACAUCAACAAGUCCCUGUCGGCGCUGGGCAACGUCAUCUCGGCGCUGGCCGAGGGCACGAAGGCCUACGUGCCCUAUCGCGACAGCAAGAUGACGCGGAUCCUGCAGGACUCGCUGGGCGGCAACUGCCGCACCACCAUGUUCAUCUGCUGCUCGCCCUCCAGCUACAACGACGCCGAGACCAAAUCCACGCUCAUGUUCGGCCAGAGGGCCAAGACCAUCAAGAACACGGCCUCGGUGAACCUGGAGCUCACGGCCGAGCAGUGGAAGAAGAAGUUCGAGAAGGAGAAGGAGAAGAACAAAGCGCUGCGGGAGACGCUGCAGCGCCUGGAGGCCGAGCUGGGCCGCUGGAGGAGCGGCGAGGCCGUGCCCGAGACGGAGCAGCUGAGCGAGGCCGAGGCGGGCACGGGCCCGGGCGAGGGCACGGGGGGGGCCCCCGAGGAGCCCCCCCUGAACGACAACAGCUCCUCCAUCGUCAUCCACAUCUCGGACGAGGAGCGCCACAAGUACGAGGAGGAGAUCCGCAAGCUCUACAAGCAGCUGGAUGACAAGGAUGACGAGAUCAACCAGCAGAGCCAGAUCAUGGAGAAGCUCAAGCAGCAGAUGCUGGACCAGGAGGAGGUGCUGGCAGCAGCCCGCGGCGGGGGCGAGGCGGCGCGCCGGGAGCUGGCGGCGCUGCGGGCCGAGCACGGCGCGGCGCGGGCCGAGGUCACCGAGGUGCUGGCGGCGCUGGAGGAGCUGGCCCGGAGCUACGACCGCAAGGCCCAGGAGGCCGAGGACACCGGGAGGCACAACCGGCGGCUGGCCGACGAGCUGGCCCGCACCGAGGCCACCACGCUGUCGCUGGAGUCGGAGCUGUCGCGGGCGCGGGAGCUCGGGGGGCAGCAGCGGCGCCGCGCGGCCGAGGUGCUCAACGGGCUCCUGCGGGACCUGAGCGAGCUCAGCGCCCUCGUGGGCAGCGGCGACAUCAAACUGCCGGUGGAGGUGAGCGGGGCCAUCGAGGAGGAGUUCGCCGUUGCCCGGCUCUACAUCAGCAAGAUCAAGUCGGAGGUGAAGUCGGUGGUGAAGCGCUGCCGGCAGCUGGAGAGCCUGCAGGUGGAGUGCCACCGCAAGCUGGAGGUGACGGGCCGCGAGCUGUCCUCCUGCCAGCUCCUCAUCUCCCAGCACGAGGCGAAGAUCCGCUCGCUGACCGAGUACGCGCAGAGCCUGGAGCUGCGCAAGCGGCACCUGGAGGAGGCGCACGACGCGCUCGGGGAGGAGCUGGCCAGGCUGCAGGCGCAGGAGGCUGCACAGGGGGCAGCUCGGAAGCAGCGCGAGCAGGAUGAGACCCAGGACACGGACGAGGUCAAGGCGGCGCUGGAGCUGCAGCUCGAGAGCCAGCGCGAGGCCCAGCACAAGCAGCUGGCGCGGCUGCGCGACGAGGUCAACGAGCGGCAGAAAACCAUCGACGAGCUGCGGGAGUGAGUGACCCCGGCCACA